UGGAGUGUCAAGAAAAGCGCUAUAAAAGUGUAAGCAAUUAUUGCAUAAUAUGAAUAAUAUGUAUUACUGUUAGCUCCUUGAUUAGAAACACUUACAAAAAAAAACUAUUGCCAUAGUUUGCUUAUAUGCAGAAGGAUUCAGCAACAGGAUAGAUCUGCGAUGCUUGAAAUAAGGAAUAAAAAUAACUUUCCUGCACCACUUUCCUGUCGGAUCCCAUGUACUGUGGACUGCAAAAUUGAUAAACCUGACAGGCAAGUGCCUUUCUGUGAGCUCCACCAGUCUGCAUGCAGGGAUCAGCUCUCGCACUCUACUACUGUAGGACCCUGCUGGUUAUUGUAAUGGCAAGAGUUUACAUGAAUCUAGCCUCAUGAAGCAUGUCGCAUGAAAUCCAGGUCGCAUUGGUUUAAUUUUUUUAAAUAACCUUUGCGGUGCAGGUGCGGCAAGCUGUAGCUGCUGAGGUGCUGAGUGAUGGGUGGUUUCUGAAAAGCUUCUGCCCAUCUUUAGUCGUCGUUGAGCCGUAUUCUAGCAACUGAACAGGCUGGGUACCAUUCAUUUGUAAUCUUCUAUUUUAUAUGAUGGAGCUAGAGAAUACUGCUAUGCAGUGGCCAGUGGUAAUCUGCAAUCCACUUUAGUAAGUGUAACUUGAAAUGGCAAAGCCAUGAAGGUUCUAAGCUAAGGCUGUGUUUUUUUUUGCAUAUUUAAAUCGGAAAGAGAAUAGUUGCUUAUUUGUUGCACCACACAGAGGCUGGUAUCCUUAAUGAAGUGCCCUGUGUGGCUGCUGGCUCUCUGGCAGUGAGUGGGUGUGUUAUUACUCUGGAAUGCUGCAGCCACCCAGAGGUCUUGAGAGGGAUGAAAACAUGUGUGCUCACACUUCCACACCUUGCAAGAAAACCAGUAAGCUACGCAGAUGUCCAAGAAGAAUGCAUGUCUGCUAGCUGUGGAUGUGCCGAGCUCACAAUUCUCAAUAAAAAUGUGUAAAAGCAAUAGAAAUGCAAUUAAAACAUCCUAUUUUCCGUGGCAUCUGUUUUCACACGCAAAGUUUUACACCUUGGGUUGCUGAUUUUCAGCAAUUUUAUUUUGGUCAAAAAUAUACAUGGCAGGUUAUGGUAGAAAUGCACUUUUUGAAAGAAUUACCUUCAAAUUAUACUGUAGAAAGUGACUGUUUUCUGUAUAGCUUAUAAAUUAUUAAUAAACUGUUAAUUUAUUUUGUGCUAUGCUUUCUGAUAUUGCAGACAGAAGGGAAAUACCCAGUACCCAGCGGGUAAUGUCAGUAGCAGUUUUCAAAGUCCUCCCAACCCUCCAUCUGUCAUAGUCCUUUUUCUGGUAUUACUGAUUAUUAUUUUUUUUUUGUGCCCACUUGAUGUUGGAUUGCCAAUUAUGCGUUUAACUUUUGAACCCCACAAUCUCACACAGGGAAGAAUGAGCAAGUGAGUCCCAUUCCCUUGUCCUGUCCACCUUUCUGUCUGAAUUGGAGAAGAGGAGGAGAGGUGUGUUUGUCACAGUCCUCAUGGCAAACGUGUGCUUCAGGGGUCACUGUAUCUCUGAGGGCUGAGCAAGCCUUGUUUCAGCCAAUCCUCUUCUACCCAUCAUUAUUUGUAGUAUAUUCCCAGUUCACUUAUGGAGUUGUAUAUCAACACAUUCUUUUGGUUUGUCAAGGUGUUUCUGGAGAAUUGGGGUGAUGUUUGCUUUUCUCUGCAUUUCCAUGCUACCUUGACAAGAACAUGCGAUCAGUGGUGAUGUUUUUAUGUAUUGCACUUAAGAAAUCCCAAGAGAGGUGUGCAUAUUGAGUAUUGGUAGCACAGCUCUUGAAUACGGGGUUUCUUUCCAGAUUGGACGUUAUGUGAAGAGUUUGCAUUUUCGCCAUUUGUGCUUGGGGGUUGUGUUGCUCCCCCACCCAAAGAUAUAUGGUUUACGUUAAUUAGCAUCUCAAAAUUGUCUCUUCAUGUGCCCUGCAGCCUCCUGGCAUCCCAUCCAAGGUACAGUCCUGCCUUUUGCCUUAUUCUAUCAGGACAGGCUCUGGAUUACCCAUGGGCCUUACCAGGAACAAGCAGCAUGCUGAUAAUGUACAGAUUGAUGAAUGGAAUGUAACUCUAGGCAUUACUAGACCUUUCAGCUGCACCUACCCCAAAAAUUUUCUGCUCUGCAUCAUCAAAGUAAAUGGCAGUGGAUAAUCAUUAACCAAAAAUUGAAUUUGACCUGACUGGGACCCUACAGUUUCCGUCUAGACAGCAAACCAAAGGACAGAGAUUGAAGCAGCAUUUCUUUACCCCCCAAGUUUCAGUCUACGGAUUUCCUCAUUCUUCCAGUAACUUAACAUUUUGUUGAAAUAAGUCUUUUUUAUUUUAUGUAAGAAAAUGACCCCUUCGAUGGAAACGGCAGAUAUUGCCAUCGUGGCACUUUACUUUGUGCUGGUGCUGUGCAUUGGCUUCUUCGCCAUGUGGAAGUCCAACAGAAGCACGGUGAGUGGGUAUUUCCUGGCUGGCCGCUCCUUGACCUGGCCUGUCAUUGGGGCCUCUUUGUUUGUCAGCAACAUUGGCAGCGAGCAUUUCAUUGGACUUGCAGGUUCCGGAGCAGCAAGUGGAUUUGCAGUUGGAGCUUGGGAAUUCAAUGCCCUUUUGCUCCUGCAGCUCUUAGGGUGGGUCUUCAUCCCGGUCUACAUCCACUCUGGGGUUUUCACCAUGCCUGAAUACCUUUCAAAGCGGUAUGGGGGGACGCGCAUUAAGAUCUAUUUUGCGGCCCUCUCCCUGCUUCUCUACAUAUUCACUAAGCUCUCUGUUGACCUGUAUGCUGGAGCGUUGUUCAUCCAGGAGUCUUUGGGAUGGAACCUCUACUUGUCGGUGAUUUUGCUGAUCAGCAUGACAGCUUUGAUGACUAUAACCGGGGGGCUGGUUGCUGUGAUUUAUACCGAUACCUUGCAGGCUUUGCUUAUGAUUGUGGGUGCCCUCACCCUUAUGGUCAUUAGUCUCAUUAAGGUAGGGGGUAUAGAGGGAGUCCGAGAGAAGUACAUGCAAGCUGUUCCCAAUGUCACUGCAAUUCUAGCUGCUCAUAAUUUUACUAACGCCAACACUUGCCAUAUCUACCCAAAGCCCCAGUCUCUUAAGAUUCUGCGGGACCCCACUGAUGAAGAUAUCCCUUGGCCUGGCUUCCUUCUGGGUCAAACCCCAGCUUCAAUCUGGUACUGGUGUGCUGACCAAGUCAUUGUCCAAAGGGUGCUGGCCGCAAAAAACAUUGUGCAUGCCAAGGGGUCUACACUAAUGGCCGGCUUCCUCAAGAUCCUUCCCAUGUUCAUCAUUGUGAUUCCAGGGAUGAUUUCCAGAAUCCUCUAUGCAGAUGAGAUUGUCUGCAUUAAUCCUGAGCACUGCAUGCAGGUGUGUGGUAGUCAGGCAGGCUGUUCCAAUAUUGCCUACCCACGCCUGGUGAUGAACAUCUUACCCGUUGGCCUCAGAGGUCUGAUGAUGGCAGUAAUGAUUGCGGCCCUAAUGAGCGAUUUGGAUUCCAUUUUCAACAGUGCCAGCACCAUUUUCACACUGGACAUCUAUAAGACAAUAAGGAAGUGUCCUUCAUCCAGAGAACUGAUGAUUAUUGGUCGACUCUUUGUGGUGUUCAUGGUGGCCAUCAGCAUAGCGUGGGUUCCUGUGAUUGUGGAGAUGCAAGGUGGACAGAUGUACCUGUACAUUCAGGAAGUAGCUGACUACUUGACACCCCCUAUCGCAGCUCUUUUCCUGUUGGGGAUCUUUUGGAAGCGCUGCAAUGAGACUGGUGCAUUCUAUGGAGGGAUGACUGGCUUUAUCCUGGGGACAACCCGUCUGAUCUUGGCAUUCAUUUACAAAGAACCCCCCUGCGAUCAGCCAGACAACAGACCUGCCUUCAUCAAAGAUGUCCAUUACAUGUACGUGGCAGCUUCUCUCUUCUGGAUCUCCGGGAUUGUGGCUGUAGUGGUCAGUCUCUGCACAGAGCCUCCCACGAAGGAGCAGGUCUUCACCACAACUAUCUGGGGUGUCCGUAUCAAAGAGCUGCAACGGGCCCGGCUCAAAGAAGAAUCCUACAAGCUUACGGGCAAGGGCCCCAUUGACUGCAAUGGGAGCGCCGACCACAAAGAGGUGCCCGUUGACCUGCACAAAGAUAAGCAGAUCGACGGGGCUGAUGUCAAGCUACUGGUCAGAGUAGAUUCUCCCAUCACUGACUGUGUGGCCUCCAGCCCGUCGGAUAUCCAAACGCCUGUGGAGCAUUAUGGGAAUGGUGAGGCCAGCCUGGUGGCCAAGAGUAACCAAGAGGCUGGGGAGAACACAAGUAGCAGCACGUGCUGGAAGGUGAUCAACUGGUUCUGUGGGCUCAAAGGCCAGUCUGGUAAGACAACAACCCCCAUAGAUUCAGAGGAGGAUGAGGCGCACAUCCUGGAAAUUCUUUAUGAACCCCCCAAAGUCAAAAUCAUACUGAACUUGGGUCUUUGUGUUGUGUGCUCUCUGGGAAUAUUUAUGUUCAUUUACUUUUCUUUGUAGUCCCUGUGUCUUUGGUAUUCCUACGUCUUUAAAACUUUAAAGAUUUGUCUUGAUAAACUCUUCAGGGUCUGUAAUAUUUACAGUGUAUUUUCUUAAGCAUAACUCAAAACAUUGCAGCUAGAAGGUAUUUCCAAGUGUGCACUGCUGUCAUCAGAAUAAGUUGAAGUGAAAAUGGGUUAUGUCCUGCUUCUUCGGUAAGAAGAGGGGGGUUUGAAUUAAGUGUUUCAGGUGAUUUAUAUGUACAGAAUACACAAAAAAUGUUCAGACUUGUAAAGGGGGUUGGCAAUUUCUUUUGCUCUAAAUCUCAGUACCUUGAAUUACCUACAUUGGUUAUCAAACGUGUCACCCCCUUCAAUUUUUUUCAUGAUGAUACAGAAUUAUAAUGUUUUUAAGUGGGAUCUUUUGUUAUUGAUCAACGCAAAAUGCUAUAAUGUCAAAGUGAAAACAGAAUUCAACAGGUCCUCCUAAAUUAUACAUUAAAACAAAUUAAUUGAUUGAAUAAGUAUUCACCCUCCUUGAGUCGAUAUUUGGUACAGGCGCCUUUGGCAGAAAUUACAGCCAUGCAUCUUCUUUAUACUGGAGUCAAAAUUUGAUGUGAUUUUUAUUUGUCAGCAAUGUCUUUCAUUUUGCUACUCUGCCAUGAAGCCCAGAUUUGUAAAGCACCCAGGCAGUUGUUGUCUUACGCACAGUUUCUCCCAUCUCAGCCAUGGAAGACUGUAAUUCCUUUAUGAUGUCAUCUUCCUCUUGGUGGCUUUCCUGACUAGUGCCCUUUUCACCCGGAUACCUAAUUUCUUUAUAAUACACAUUACUGUGCUUUGGGGGAUAUUCAAGGGCUUGGAGUUUUUUGGGGAAUAAAUCCAUUCCAGGGUUUCUUUGAAUGUUCCUUGAAUUCCAUGUCUUCAUGCUGUAGUUAUUGUUGGGAGCUGUACUAAUCAAAUGUGGGACCUCCCAGAGAUACGCAUGUUGUAACUCAUGUGAAACACCUUAAUUGCACACAUGUGGACUCAAAUCUGUUUAUUUUCUGUUUUAUAUUUAAUUUAAGAGGAUCUGAAGAAUGUUGUUUCCACUUUGAAAUUAAAGAGUGUAUUGUGACUAUAAGCAGUAAGGAAAUCCCAGUUAAAUACAUUAUGAUUCCAUAUUAUAACACACUAAAACAUUAAGGUCCCUGAGUGAUUGUAUACACACAUAUUGCAGUGGAAGUAAAGACAGAAAUUCUUACUAAUUUAUUGCACUUGAUUGGUAACUGUAAGAAGUAGAAAAGAUCUGCCUUAUUAAAUGUACUCAUUGUUGGGCUGUAA